AUGGAAGCAACAUUAGCCCCUCUAGUUGAAGCUUUGAAAGCAAAGAAGAAGGUGUGUCUAUUCACAGGCGCUGGCGUGUCCACGGCAGCCGGAAUCCCUGACUUUAGGAGUCCAGAAACUGGAUUGUACUCCAACUUGGCGAAACUCAACCUCCCCUUUGCUGAAGCUGUCUUUGACAUCGACUUCUUCAAAAAGGAUCCAAAACCAUUUUACACAUUAGCUGAAGAGCUUUUCCCUGGCAAAUUUGCUCCUACAAAGUUUCACUACAUGGUGCGGAUUCUCCAAGAGAAGAACUUAUUGAAACGUGUUUACACGCAAAAUAUAGAUAUCUUGGAUAGGCUAGCUGGAGUCAAGGACGAAUUCAUUGUUGAAGCUCACGGAUCAUUUGCCACAAGUCGCUGUAUCGACUGCAAAAUGGAAGUACCAAUAGAGAAAGUGAAGCUGGAUAUCCCAAAGGGGGUUCCCACUUGUGCCAAGUGUGGUGGUUUCAUUAAACCUGAUAUCACAUUCUAUGGUGAAGGGUUACCAUCAAAGUUUUUUGAGACCUGGGACAAAGACUGUGAUGACGUUGAAGUCGCUUUGAUCUCGGGUACUUCGUUGACCGUAUACCCCUUUGCUUCCUUACCAUCCAGUGUGGAAAAACGUUGUCUUCGAGUUUUGGUGAACAGAGAGAAAGUUGGUGAUUUAGGUCGACGGAAGAAGGACAUUGUUGCGCUCCUGGAUUGUGAUGAGUUUGCCGACACUUUGACCUCUUUACUUGGUUGGAAAGAUGUUCUUGAUCGGUAUUAUGAAGAAGGGCAGAAGAAGUGUGGAAAGAGUAAGUCAAUUGAAGAGGAAUUAGAAAAGAUUGAGGACCGGUUGGAAAAGGAACCGGUCUCUGAGAAAAACAACAAGGAUGGUAAUGUGGAUCGCCAAGAAGGCGAUGAGGAGUUAGAAGAGUUGAUCAACAAGCUAAAGAUUUGA